UUUCAGAAUUAUGGAUAUACUAAUUACUACAAAAAAAUUAAAAAUAUUUAAUUUAAUUAUUUUUUUCUUUUUAAUUUUUAAUAUUUUAUUUUCUUCUGCAAAACCUUUAAUAAAUGAUGAAGAAGGAAUUAUUCCAACAUGGAAAAUGAGAAACGACAAAAAAGCAAUGAGGAAUAGUUUGGUUAGAUUUGGAAAAAGAUCAUCACAAUCAUCACUAAAAAGAAGAAAUGUUAUUCUCCCUCCUUCUUCCCAAUUUCUUUCUUCUCCUUAUUUUUAUUUACCUGAAAACAACGAAAUUUUAUUACCUUCUAAUUUUAUGGAAAAUUUAAUUUCGCCUGAAAUUUCUUCAAAAAUUUCAUUAAUUCCCAGUGAUUCUUUAAUUUUUGUUGACAAAACAGGAAAAGAAAUUCAACGAUGGAAAGAAAGAAAAUAA